AUGCUCGCUCCCACUCACGACCUGAAACUCGACCUCCCGGCCCUGCUGACAGGCGACCAUGACGACCUACCCGCGGGACUUGCUUUCGCUCCUGACUACCCUCUCUACCUCGAGCAUGACCUGCCUGUCGGCACCUUCCUCGACUCAGACCUCAUCCUCGACCCUCUCAAGCCUGUUUCAUCCCCGCGCUGGUCUCCGUCUCCUACGGAUGACUGCCCGUCCUCCCCGCUCUUCUCCCUCCCUAUCCCUCCCCUCGACUCCCUCCCCGACCAGCUCGUCUACCUCCCCCCGGACCCGCACGAGCCGCUGGCGGACUCUGAGCUCUACAGCUUCCUCGACAACGACUGCCACGCUGACCCCGGCAUACUGCCUUCUUCGAGCUACUCCGGCUUGCCUCCCCUCUCGCCAGCCUUCUCCGCGUCGACCUUGCAAGAGUCAGAGACGCCGAGGAGGAAGCGGGGGCGAGGGAUGAUCAAGCUGGGGGCGGGCUGGACGGUGAUCCAGGGGGGCAGGAUCAAGCGGCAUCUGCGGAUGGAGCCAGACGAGGAGGGAGAAUGCUGA